AUGGCGGGCGAUCAUGGACUGGCAUUCUUUGAGUGGAGGCUGCAGCGCGCGCAGGCCAUCCCUGAGGCAGAGCGCAGCAGCGAUGUCGCCGUCUUUGUCAAGUCUGUCUCCCUGCAGCGUCAAGUGCUCGAGUUGAUUCCGAUGAAGAGCGAUGGCGUAAGCGUGGCGCUGCCCCCCAGCCGCAACCGGCAGCACCGGGUGUUGCUGGCAGGCCUGCUGGCAAUUCGCGCAGAGUAUCUGAGCCUGCUUCCAGCAAAGCCCGCUGGCAAUUUAGACUUCAUCUCGCCACUAGCAGCCUACCUGGCUGCCGAGCCGCUGGGCAACGGCGGCUCGCUGGCAGAGGCAGUUAGCCAGUUUGUGGCCAGACGGGCGGCGGGAGCCUGCAGAGCGGCUGCGAUGCUGUGCAGCAAGGGCGCCAUUAAGCUGGCUGACCCGGAACACCGGCGGGCUGCAGCGGCACGGAUUGACGAGCUGGCAGCGGGGGCACCGGCUGGGACCGACCUUCCCACUGUGCAGCAAGUUCAGUUCACCCUGUGGACCCUGGCGCUGCACUACGGCACUGGCGUGCUGGUGGCCCAGGCGCUGCUGCAGCUGGAGCCGUCCAACCCCAAGGCGCUGGAUCUGGCAGCUCUUGGCAUUCUAAAACUGAGCAACCUCAGCAACAGUGACGGCGCAGCUCUGAAGCACCGUGCGAUGAACCUUCUCCUGCGGGGCGUGCAGCUGGCCCGCCGCCAGCGCAGCGACUACUUUGAAGUGGUGUGUGGUGUACGCGCUGUGAUUCUAGCCCCAUCGGUGCUGUCUGACACCCGCUACAUCGCAGUGGACUUCCUGCAGUUGCUGGUGGAAGUCGGCGAGGCGGCAGGGCCAGCGGUGAGGCGCUGCAAGCCUGUGCUGCCCCACGCCUGGGUGCACGUGAUUGAGGGGGUGGAGCACUUGUCCCAGCCCACGCUGGCAGCACUGCAAGCAGAGCUGCGCGUGCACAAAGAGCAGGCCAGCGGCAGCAGCGCUGCCCAGGUGGCGGCGGCAAAAGCCGCGCUGAGGAGCAGCAUUGAUGCAGCGGUUGAGGCAGUGGUUCGCGAACACGCCACAUCCUCCAAUGCCACCGUCCUCUGCUCCGGCUGCGGCCAGCCAAACUUUGCCAUGAACGCCGCCCUGUACUACCUGUAUCUCAUCUUCUUCCUCACCCACAUCCCCAUCACCCUCUUCGUGGACAGCCAGGCAGUGCUGCCGGCGGCAUGGUUCCCGCAGGCGGCCAAGGACAUGCAGGCGUGGUACUUCAAGACACACCAGGACCCACUGAUGAUGGGGCUGCCCACCUGGUUCAAGUCGCUGGUCUACUCUGAGCUGGCCCUUCAGCUACCCUUCUUCUUCCUUGCCAGCCACGCCUUCCUGGCCAGGGCCAACUGGAUCCGCAUCCCCGCCAUCCUCUACGGCAGCUUUGUCACCGCCACCAUGCUGCCCAUCCUUGCUGAGCUGGCGGCGCACACGGCCCCCGGAUACAACGCUGUGGUGGUCACUUCUUUCUACCUGCCCUACCUGCUGGUGCCUCUGACGCUGGCGCUGCACAUGGCGGCCACGCCGCAGCCCUUUCGAGCCACGCACAAGGCCAAGCGCCGGUAG